AUGGCUAAUGCGGUAGUUUUUGGUGAUACAAGUUCAACCAUCAAAGAAAAGCCGAAAGACGAGAUCAAGGAGUAUUAUGAUUGUAGAUAUAUUUCAGCUUGUGAGGCAUCGUGGAGAAUAUUCUCUAAUGAGGUUCACUAUAGGUAUCCUGCUGUUAUGAGGCUUCCCUUUCAUUUGCCCGGCCAACAGAAUGUUGUGUAUGGUGCUGAUGACGAUAUUGAUAAUGUUUUAAGCAAGCCUUCUGUUGCUUCUUCAAUAUUUAUGCAAUGGAUGAAGUUGAACGAGACAAAUGAAGAUGCUAGAAAGCUAACUUAUGUUGAGUUUCCUUCCAAAUUUGUUUGGAUACUUAAAGAUAGAUGUUGGCAGGUACGUAAGUUGUACCAGUGUGUUGGCCUGAUUCAUUCUGUAUCUCCUGCUUUGGGCGAACCUUAUUUUUUGAGGAUACUACUGAAUAAAGUUAAAGGACCUAGAUCAUUUGAGGAGAUACGUACAGUUAACGGUCAAUUAUUCCUGACUUUUAGAGAUGCUUGCUAUGCGAUGGGACUUUUAGAUGAUGACAAUGAAUACGUUGAGGCCAUUAAAGAAGCAAGUUUUGAAGGACAUGCUGGGUAUCUUCGAGCGUUAUUUGCUACCCUGCUUUUGUCAAAUACUCUAUCUCGGCCAGAAUUUGUUUGGGAGAAUACGUGGAAAUACUUAGCUGAUGAUAUUGUUUAUAGACGUUUAGUGCUUCCUGAACAUCAGAUUAAGAAACUUACUUUGUUGAAAAUUGAAAACUAUUUAAUUUCCAAUGGUUCAUCAUUACGAAGGUUUGCCACUAUGCCGUACCCUGAUGAUGAUUCCUUACGUGAUGCUUCUAAUCGUCUGAUCAAUGAAGAGCUGUCACAUGACCUAGAUGAAGUACAAGCUGAGUUUAACAGGUUGCAUCAAUCUCUUACAGAUGAACAACGAGCGGUUUUUGAUGAAAUAAUGGAAGCAGUUGUAGGGCGUAAAGGAGGCCUUUUUUUGUCUAUGGUUAUGGUGGAACUGGAAAAACCUUUUUAUGGAAGACUUUGGCUUCAGCUGAGGCCUUUUUUUGUCUAUGGUUAUGGUGGAACUGGAAAUGGAGUAGUUUUAAAUGUGGCUUCAAGUGGUAUUGCGUCGUUAUUACUUUCCCGUGGAAGGAUAACUCAUUCUCGGUUCCAUAUUCCCAUUAAUCUAACAGAAGAUUCAAUGUGCAAUAUUAAGCCAAAUAGUGAUAUUGCGAGAUUAUUAAAGGAAACCCAAUUAAUAAUAUGGGAUGAAGCACCGAUGGUACACAAACAUGCGUUUGAAGCUUUAGAUAGGACCAUGACCGACGUAUUUUCGGAAGGUAGGAGUAUUCGUUCGGAUAUUCCUUUUGGUGGUAAAGUUAUUGUAUUUGGUGGUGACUUUAGACAAAUACUACCUGUUAUCCCUAAUAGUACUAGACAAGAAAUUGUUAGUGCUUCUUUAAGCUCUUCAUACAUAUGGGCAAAAUGCAGACUCUUAUGGCUGACUAAAAACAUGCGUUUAACUAUUGGAGCUCAAAGUUCGAAUAUGAAGUCUAUCAGAGAAUUUGCAAAAUGGCUUAUUGAUAUUGGUGAAGGAAACGUUGGAGAUGAUAAUGAUGGUGACGCCAUUAUAGAGAUACCAGAUGAUUUACUGAUCACCGAUAUUUGUGACCCAAUACAAAGUUUAAUUGACUUUGUAUAUCCUUCAGUUAUUCAACAAUUUAGGAUUGCUGGAUUUUUUUCUGAGCGAGCAAUUCUAGCACCCAAAAAUGAGGUAGUUCAUGAAAUUAAUGAUCGAUUGCUUUCGUUAUUUCCUGGUGAUGCGAAAGAGUAUCUGAGUUCUGAUAGUAUAUGUCAAACUGAACAAAUUCUUGAUUCUUUUCAACAAAGCUUAUACUCAACAGAAAAUUUGAAUGCUCUUAAGAUUUCUGGCUUGCCUAAUCACAGAUUAGUUCUUAAAGUUGGUGUUCCUGUGAUGCUUCUUCGAAACAUUGAUCAACAGAAAGGGUUAUGUAACGGUUCAAGGCUUCAAAUUACUUUUCUUGCUAAACGAGUUAUAGAAGCUGAAGUAAUAUCUGGUGGGAACAUUGGCACAAGAGUUUUUAUUCCAAGGAUUAAUAUGAUUCUGUCUGACAAAAAAAUACCUUUUCAAUUUCAACGAAGACAAUUUCCGUUAUCAGUUUGUUUUGCUAUGACAAUUAACAAGAGUCAAGGACAAUCGUUAUCAAAGGUUGGUCUUUAUUUGAAAGAUCAUGUCUUCACUCAUGGUCAGUUGUAUGUUGCAUUAUCAAGGGUCAAGACCAGAGAAGGCGUUAAAAUACUAAUACUCGACGCUGAUGGAAAACCAACAAAUAAGACUUCUAAUGUUGUUUACAAAGAAGUUUUUACUAGCUUGUUUUAUGAUGCAUACUACAUUUGUAAGUUUCUUCAUAACCCAGAAUCUUUGAAACUGGAUGUACCUAUAUUCUUUGCUAAUCAAAAUUGGGGAGAUUGUUGGCAAAAAAGUAGGUUGCAAAUAUUUCAUGAGUCUGAUCUCAAUUUGCCGAGGGAUACUUUGUUGGUUUUCAAACCAUUAGGUGAUUUUGGACUUGAACUUUCCUGUUAUGUUAAUGGCAUGUGUGGGGAAUCUUAUUUCACCUUUAAUCGUUAUACAAGAUUUGGUUUUACGGUAAUUGAAGGCUGCUACAUUGAACAAUUUUACGUAAACAGCCCACCAAGAGGGAAAUUUCAAAUCUGUUAUAAGGUUCCUACUGGAAUGUUGAGGAUUGAUGAUUUUGUUUUUGAAGUAGUAGUUUAUAGAGAUGAGAUUGAGAUUUGCUUUUUAGAGAAACCUGAAUCUAAUGAUGAUAGUGUAGUUGAGAUAUCGAAGGCUGAUUAUGUUGAUAAUGCAUUCAAGGUGAAGGUACAACCGUUACUCAGGUUAAGAAGAAAGGUAAAGUUACUUCUGAGAGAAAGGAGGUCGUCAAGAAUAGGACUAAGGGAAAUGCUGCCUUACCUGUCGACACAAGUGAUCAUACUGGAUGUUCUUCGUCUGUUCAUAAAGUUAAGGUAUAUACUUGCCAGUUAA